GUUUGGUCAUAGAAAGUAGCAACGUGGUCGUUUCAUUGUGUGACUUGGCUCGCAGACAUCGUCGUCGUCGUCGUGGUCAGUUAGGUUGAUGGAAGAUCACCACCACCAUCAUCACAGCGGUGCCGUGGAGGCCAAGACCGAGACCGAAUUGCCGCCGUCACAACAUCAUGGCGGUGAUGGCUCGUCGUCCGUCGACGGCAGAGGUAGUAGCGACGGCGCGUCGUCGACAUCGUUCACGUGCAAAGCCAUAGCUUGUGAGGUGGCGGUGACCGCUCCAGACACCACUUGUAGCGUCCACGCCGCUCGUCCCCGUCGCAACCGUCCUGCGUCAGCUCGAGCAAGCGCCGCUCCCACGUCGCCGCCUCAAGUGCCGGCCAAGAAGCCCUCGUCGUCGGGCCCAAACAGCCGACCCAAAGCGGCGCUGCCCCAGACCUUGGACGCCCUUCCAACCGCGACGAUUGAACUGAGUGGCGACGCGUCGGCUCAAAAGUGUUCGUACCACGAUUGCCCCAACCGAGCCAAAGUGAGCCAGUCCUACGGCGUGUUUUGCAAUCGGCAUGCGGUUGUGUUCCCGUGUGGCUUUCCUGGCUGCCGGGACAAGGCCCCGACGAAUGGCACCCGAUGUGCCAAGCACCAAGAGCAAGGCACGACGAUGCUGGACGAGGCGUUGGCCGUGCGAUCCCAGAGCAUCCCCGUGUGCCGGACGAAGGGGUGCUUCAAGAACGACCAAGGCCGGGGGUUCUGUCGUGGUCACGAGAAGCUUAUGAUGGCCACGGGGCAGCUGCCCCAUGCCAUCAACAAACGCCGACUAAACAGCGCGUACACCAUGUGCUGUUUUCCCGGAUGCGGCAAACAUUCGCAGCGAAACCACCUGUGUCGCAUCCACGGCAACGACUUGAUCAAGCAGGCUCAACAGCUCGUGGAAAACCAACAGACGACGCAAACGUUUGACGAAGCACUCGCGACGCUGCAGCGCGAGUUGAGACGGUGCACGCACCCCGACUGCGAUAAGAACGCCCAGCGCGACCGCCUCUGCACGACGCACUAUCACUUGCGCGGCCAGGCGGAGAAGGGGCUAGACAUCCCGUCUUUGGCGCUGCACUCGUCCGACACGUCGAAAGAAAAGGUGCUCAAGUUCUGCUCCGAGCCCCAAUGCACGCAGGCCGUGUAUUGCAACUGGCUGUGCCAACCGCACUACGAGCAGCGGGAAAAGAAAUCCGGCAGCAAGCAAGCCGCCUCCAAACUAAGUGCCCACAGCAAUACUGGCUCGGGCAGCUCGUUGAAGCAGCAACCUUCCGGCAAGCUCAAGCCCGACUACUUGACCAACAACCCACUCGCCACCCCUGGUGCGUCCAACGCUGCGUCCGCCUCGUCGGGCAUGAUCGAUCUUCUCGACCACCACGCUAGUCAGCAACAACAAAUACAGCAACAGCAUCAGCAGCAGCAGCAGCAGCAUCAUCUUUCGCAACAAUCACGGGAACAACACCCCCACCAGCUGUACGCCGACGAAUUGAGCUUACACGACGACUACGGAAAGAAACCCACCGAUCACCCCAAUCACCCCCACCACCAUCAGCAGCAGCAACAGCAGCAGCAUCCAUCGGACCACCGCCACCAACAGCCUGCGUCCAAUACCUCGACGUCGUACUGGGACCAGACUUCGUCGUACCAGCCGACAUCGGCGUCUCGCCACCAACAACUCCACCACAGCCACCCCCUGGCAUCGUCCUAUCCUCGGUACGGCUUCAUCGAGUACAACGAGCCGUCGGCCGCCGCGUUUUUCCAAGACGCGGCCGCGCCGUAUCCGUCGUCGCGCGCGUCGUCUACGUGUGCGAAUCCGUCGUGCUCCCGCCAAGUGCUGGGCAAAGGCGUGUGCGAGAUGUGUCUGGGGGUGUCGCCCCACGUGCACUUUCCCCUGUCCACGUUUGCAUCGUCGUCUUCGUCGUCGUCGUUCGAUGCCAAACCACAAGGACCCCAUCCUUCCCCCCCGCCACCGCCUCCCCCGUCGGCAUCGGAUCAUUUUGCGUGGCCCCCGCCGCAUGCCAGCGGGUCGUUUGCGUACGCCGACUCGUCGUCGGCCAAGGCAGGUGCAGCCACCACGCCCCCCAACGCGACAGCGUCGUCGUUCUCACCGCCGACCCGGGCGUGCAACUUUGACGACUGCCAAACCGUAACCAAGGCCCCGCUGUGCCUCUUGCACUCGAACGCGACGCUGUGUGUGGCCCCCCACUGCGAGGAAAUGGUUGCCGUGCCUGGCUUGUGCACGGACCACGCCCUCGACAACUCGUGCGCCGUCCCCGGGUGUACUGUGGCCAUCUUGGGCUCCAACCCCACCACGUGCGUGCGCCACGCGUCCGCCCCUCGUUGCGCCCACUCGCAGUGCUACAAAUACGCGACCAAGGCGAGUCACUGCGUGCUGCACGAUGGCCCAGUGGACCACUGCAAGCUCUGUGCUUUGUACGACAUGGUGUGUCCGCUGCUGGGCAACCACCACCACCACCAACACCACCGAAACACAUCGUUGGCCAAGGAAAACAACGCCCACAACAACACGGCCGCGUCGCCACACUUUACCACGCUCAGUGGACACAAGCUGUCGUUGUAACGUGUCCAACAUCAACAUGUAUGUGAUUUUAAUGCAAAAAAGAAGACGACUUUUGUAUACCAA